CCUGCAACCGACUUCUCUCACUGUCCUUUUCGGAACUCGUUGCGCUCCGUGACCGCCUCCCGGAUAAAGCAUCGCAGGUCGCCGUCGAGAAGAAUCUGGUACGAGCAGGCGAUUCAUUUCAUCAGGCGUCCUCCCGAUCGACGAUGGCUUCCUCCAUUAUCUUCGAUCUUGCUCGCUCCGCCGACGUUCCUUCCUGCAGGUGCCGCGAUGAAGCCCGAUCGCUGUGAUUCUAAGCCCCAUUCGUCCACCGGAAGCCAGAUCCUCCGCUUGGAGGUUCGUAACUUCCUCCCUCGCGUUCGCUCCUCCUUGCCCUCGUUAACUGCCGCUGCGUCGCCCACGAUGGCGGGGAUCAAACCUGAGUGCACGCUCAAGAUCGUGAAAGGAGAGUUCGGGUACGUCCUCGAGGACGUACCGCACCUCACCGAUUACCUCCCCGAUCUCCCUACAUACUCUAAUCCACUCCAAGACAACCCAGCUUACUCAGUUGUCAAGCAGUACUUUGUUGAUCAUGAUGAUACUGUUCCCAAGAAGGUUGUUGUUCAAAAAGAGAGCCCAAGGGGAAUCCACUUUCGACGUGCUGGGCCACGUCAAAGGGUUUACUUUGAGUCGGAUGAUGUGCUUGCAUGCAUUGUAACAUGUGGUGGUCUCUGCCCAGGACUUAACACAGUGAUUCGGGAAAUAGUGUGUGGAUUGUCCUAUAUGUAUGGCGUUAACCAUAUUCUUGGUAUUGAGGGUGGAUACAGAGGAUUCUAUGCUCGUAAUACCAUACAAUUGUCACCAAAGAGUGUGAAUGAUAUCCAUAAACGUGGUGGUACAAUCCUAGGUACAUCACGAGGAGGUCAUGAUACCUCAAAGAUAGUUGAUAACAUUCAAGAUCGUGGAAUAAAUCAAGUCUAUAUCAUAGGAGGAGAUGGAACUCAGAAGGGAGCAGCUGCUAUUUUUGAGGAAAUUCGGAGACGAUGUCUCAAAGUUUCUGUUGUUGGAAUCCCCAAGACAAUAGAUAAUGACAUAGCGAUUAUUGACAAGUCCUUUGGUUUUGAUACUGCCGUCGAAGAGGCCCAGCGUGCGAUUAAUGCUGCACAUGUAGAGGCUGAGAGUGGUGAGAAUGGCAUCGGAGUUGUGAAACUAAUGGGUCGUUAUAGUGGGUUCAUAGCUAUGUAUGCGACACUUGCAAGCCGAGAUGUGGAUUGUUGCUUGAUCCCGGAAUCCCCCUUUUAUCUGGAAGGAAAAGGUGGUCUUUUUGAAUAUAUAGAGAAGACCCUUAAAGAAAAUGGACAUAUGGUCAUAGUUGUUGCUGAGGGAGCUGGACAAGAUCUUAUUGCUGAAAGCAUGAAAUCAAUGGAGCAUGAAGAUGCCUCUGGGAACAAACUGCUUCUCGAUGUUGGUCUAUGGUUGUCUCAGAGGAUAAAGGAUUACUUUGCGAGAAGACAAAGGAUGGUGAUAAAUCUUAAAUAUAUAGAUCCAACAUACAUGAUUCGGGCAAUUCCAAGCAAUGCUUCUGACAAUGUUUACUGCACACUUCUGGCACAAAGUGCAGUACAUGGGGCAAUGGCUGGGUACACAGGUUUCACUGUUGGGCUAGUUAAUGGCAGGCACACUUACAUACCAUUUGAGAGGGUGACAGAACAAGGAAAUAAGGUGAUCAUUACUGACAGAAUGUGGGCAAGGCUGCUUUCUUCAACCAAUCAACCAAGUUUUCUGAGUUCAAAAGACGUCGAGGAAGCAGAUUCGGCCGACGACUUACAGAAACUGACAGUGGACAAGACAGAAAGCUUGGGAAAUGGUUCUCCUAUUGAAAAUGCGAUAUAAUGUGGAAGAUGAGGCAGCAUCAUCUUUCUUCCCUAAUAAAUCAAAUAUGAUAUGGGACAAGUAACCGGACCAAAUUAUUUAACCAAGGGACAAGGAUAAUCUGGUAGCUACACUGCAUUUUGAAUGAUCACUAUCGUAAUAAUUUAUACAGUUUGUUGGCGAACGUAUUCGGUGAGUGUUUUUUGGUUGGUUAAAUUUAAUGUGUUGCCAGUAAUAUUUCUAAUUA